CGCAGCUGCCAAACGUUUCACACACACACUCAUGCAGACAUACACUCGCAUUAGCGUCUGGACCAAGUGUUUAGAGGAGGGGCAGCAGUCUGGAACAACAGCAGAAGGGGACAUUCACUGCCAGACUGCAGGCGACUACACCAAGGAGUCUGUACCCAAGAUUCAGACGCAUGUCCUUCAACGUUACGGUUAGUUUUGUCCUCUGUUUCCCACAUGGGCAUGGACGCAACUGACCAACGCAUUUCAAGAAGACUGUGAUGUUUCUGCAAAAACGAGGCGGGUUUGUUCUGGGUUCCUCACCUUAUAUGGAUCAAACCGAGACGUUGAGGAUCUGCUCCGGGUGACAGCCAGAUCAGGCUCUCUGUGGUAUUUGUGUGUUUGUGUCUCUCUGGAGCUGUGGAAUGUCAGUCUGGAAGCCGGAGCAGAUUCCCAGAGGCGAGUUUGAAGGCUUGAGGCGUGAGCUCAGCGCAGACUCGCCAUCAGAACCACUGUUCUCCAGAGAGCCCGAUGUUGCCUGGCUGCAAUGGGACAACUGAGAUGGUGGAGUUUUUUAGUUUCACCUAGUAAUCAUCCUCAAAGCAGAACUGACUCUGAGCUUGGCUCUCCUCUGAAAUCCGUCACACUUUGAGUCUGUCUUGAGAGGUUUAUGUGAGUCCCGUGCUUGUCCAUGCCUGUCAUUACCCUACAGAUCAAAGGGUGGAAUGUCGUGAGUCCAUCUCGUGAGUCUUGCAUUGGCGCUGUGUCUCGUGCUGAUGGGAGCUGCUGCACCAUCAUGAGUUGCCAUGACGCUGGUGGGCGUCGCCGUUUCGAGGACUCGGAGUUCACCUUGUGCGUGUACCCCGGUGCGCUGUCAGAGGGCACCAUCUACUGCCCCAUCACCGCUCGAAAGGUCACUUCAGCCGCUGAGGUCAUUGAGCAGGUCAUCGCAAGAUUGCAGUUGGACCGCACAAGGUUGUACGUGCUCGCGGAGGUGAAGGAAUUUGGCGGGGAAGAAUGGAUCCUGAACCCUGGAGACUGUCCGGUACAACGCAUGAUGCUGUGGCCACGUAUGGCACUGGAAAACCGGCUAGGUGGCGAAGACUACCGCUUCCUCUUGCGGGAAAAGAACGUGGACGGAUCGAUCCACUACGGAAGUCUGCAGAUGUGGUUGCGAGUAACAGAGGAGAGGCGACGGAUGAUUGAGCGCGGCCUGCUCCCGCAACCUCCUGCCGGACACGUUGCUGAUCUUUGCGCACUCCCAGACUUGAAUGAGCGAACUUUGCUCGAAAACCUUCGUGGACGCUUUCGGCAAGAGAAAAUCUACACGUACGUUGGCGGGAUUCUAAUAGUCGUCAAUCCGUUCAAGUUCCUGCCCAUUUACAACCCCAAAUAUGUGAAAAUGUACGAUAAUCACCAGCUUGGGAAGUUGGAGCCGCAUAUUUAUGCAGUGGCAGACGUAGCGUAUCAUGCCAUGCUCCAGAGGAAGAGGAAUCAGUGCAUCGUGAUAUCUGGAGAGAGCGGAUCGGGAAAGACCCAGAGCACCAACUUUCUGAUUCAUCACCUGACAGCACUCAGCCAAAAGGGCUUCGCUAGUGGCGUAGAGCAGAUCAUUCUUGGAGCAGGACCUGUACUGGAGGCUUUUGGAAACGCCAAAACUGCCCAUAAUAAUAAUUCCAGUCGUUUCGGCAAGUUCAUCCAAGUGAACUACCAGGAGCGUGGAACUGUGAGAGGAGCUUAUGUGGAGAAAUAUCUUUUGGAAAAAUCUCGGCUGGUUUAUCAAGAGCACAAUGAGAGGAACUAUCAUGUGUUUUAUUAUCUGUUGGCUGGUGCGAGUGAAGAAGAGAGAAAAUCAUUCCAUCUGCUCAAACCAGAGGAGUAUCAUUACCUGAAUCAGAUAACAAAGACAGUCAACAGACAGUCUCAGCACUGGGGAAAUUACUAUGAAACUGAGCUGGACUGUUUCAUAGUUGAAGGGGAAGAUUUGAAGCAUGACUUCGAGCGGCUCCAGUUGGCGAUGGAGAUGGUGGGAUUCUUGCCCGCCACGAGAAAACAAAUCUUCUCUUUACUGUCUGCCAUUCUUCACCUGGGGAAUAUUCGCUACAAAAAGAAAACGUACAGAGAUGACUCCAUCGAUAUCUGUAACCCAGAGGUGCUUCCGAUUGUUUCUGAACUGAUGGAGGUGAAGGAGGAAAUGCUUUUUGAAGCUCUGACCACACGGAAGACGGUAACCGUGGGAGAGAGAUUGAUCGUGCCGUACAAGCUAGCCGAGGCAGGGACGGUAAGGGACUCAAUGGCGAAGUCUCUGUACGGGGCUUUGUUCGACUGGAUCGUCUUCCGUACAAAUCACGCACUGCUGUACAACAAAGACCUGGAGGAUUCUGCCAAGAUCCUCUCUAUCGGUGUGCUAGAUAUCUUCGGCUUUGAGGAUUAUGAGAACAACAGUUUUGAGCAGUUCUGCAUAAACUUUGCCAACGAAACGCUUCAGCAUUAUUUCAACCAGCACAUCUUUAAACUAGAGCAGGAGGAGUAUCGAUCAGAGGGCAUCAGCUGGCACAUGAUCGAUUAUAUCGAUAACACGGCCUGUAUCAACCUGAUCAGCAAAAAACCCACAGCACUACUCCACCUGCUGGACGAAGAGUGCAAUUUUCCUCAGGCGUCGAAUCAAACUCUGCUGGACAAGUUUAAGCGACAGCACGAAGGAAACAGCUACAUUGAGUUUCCUGCCGUCAUGGAGCCGGCGUUCAUCAUACGACACUACGCUGGGAAGGUGAAAUAUGGCGUCAAGGAUUUUAGGGAGAAGAACACCGAUCACAUGCGUCCGGAUAUCGUGGCGCUGUUGAAGAGCAGUCGGAAUGCGUUUAUCUGCAGUCUGAUGGGAAUCGAUCCCGUCGCCACGUUCCGCUGGGCCGUGAUCCGGGCAUAUUUUAGAGCCGUCGUGGCCUUCCGAGAGGCGGGGAGAAGAUACAAGGAGAAAAAGACAGGCUCUGAUUCUCCAGUUCAGAACCAGAAAAGUGUGGACAGCUUUAGUUUCCUGCAUCACCCCGUUCACCAGCGGAGCCUUGAGAUCCUUCAGCGAUGCAAAGACGACAAACGCAAUUCGUGUAUCAGCCGGAAAAAUCCACGCACUCCUCUGUCAGAUCUUCAGGGCACCAACACGCUCAGUGAGAAAUUGAAGGAUGUCCGGGAUGGAUUCUUGGGCUGUCACGUUCAUAGCUCGAGAUCGGAACGAGUCUCCUCUUUCUCCCAUGAAGAGGAGGGAAUUUUCGUAAACAGCAUGAAUAACAAACUUCUGGAGAGAGCUCAAGGCAUCCUGAUGCGAAACAAGAACUUGAAGACGAAACUCAGUCUCCCGAAGCAUCUGUUGGACGUGAAAUCGUUGAAGUAUCUGAGCAGUUUGACGCUUCACGACCGCAUCACCAAAUCCCUGUUGCAUCUACACAAGAAGAAGAAGCCGCCCAGUAUCAGCGCCCAGUUCAACGUGUCUUUGAACAAACUGAUGGAGACACUGGGACAAGCAGAGCCAUACUUUGUGAAAUGCAUCCGGUCAAAUGCAGACAAGCUUCCGCUGCGUUUCAGUGACGCGCAUGUAUUGCGACAGCUGCGCUACACUGGCAUGCUGGAGACAGUAAGAAUACGACAGUCUGGAUACAGUGUGAAAUACACUUUUCAAGAUUUUGCACGUCAUUACCACGUGCUAUUACCGGCUGGAUUCUGUGCCACUCAGGGGGGCAUCAAAGACUUCCUGCAGACUUCUAACCUCGAGUCAGACGGGUAUCAAGUGGGCAGAACCUUGGUGUUUUUGCGGGAGCAUCUACGUCAGAGGCUGCAGGAUGAACUUCAUCAGGAGGUUUUGAGGAGAAUCGUUUGUUUACAGCAGAAGUUCAGAGCUCAGCAGGAGAGAAAACGUUUCUGCUGCCAGAGACGAGCUGCGAGGGUCAUACAGCGUUGGUGGCGUGCAUGUAUGCUAACUCAUGCUGACGAGAGUGCGCGUGAGUUGGAGCUCCAGCAGGGGGCAGUAGUGUGUCUUCAGGCAGCAUGGAGGGGCUACAGAGCGAGACGACUCUAUCUGCUACAGAAGAAAGCCGUGACGCUCAUACAGAGACACUGGAGGAGAUACAUGCAGACGCGAGAGAGAGCAGCAGGACUCAUACAAACGGCCUGGAGGACACAUAGACAGAGAUAUCAGCACCAGUGCAGGGCGGCCGUCACCCUACAGGCGGCCUGCAGGGGGCAUCAGGCACGACAGAGGUGCCGCUUUCUGAGAGAGCAGCGAUUUAAAAGGAAAACCCUUGAAAACAAUGUGGCUCCAAACACAAUGACAUCAAGUUUAUGUGUUCCUCAAAACACAACCGAAGUCCAGGCCACUCACCUGGACAAACAAGAAUCUGAACCAGACGUAGAGCUGCCACAGGCUGAGGAGAAGUUCGAGGAGGUACGAGAAAAGCAAUCUGCCGAACCUUCAAGAACCGUGGACGACAGCACGCUGAAGAGCCGCAACAAACGAGAGAGCAGGAGGAAACGAGAACUCGAACAGGCCACUUUCAGUUUACAACUGCUUAAAGUCCGGUCUGGUUCAUUGACCGGCACGGACCAGACUGAAGUAACGGACAACGCACUCACCUCUCAAAACCCUCUUACCAAACGACUCCCUUCCUCGCCUCAGGUGUCUCCAGAUAGCCAAGAAAGCUUUGAGCUCCUUGGCUUUCACAACGAGGAGUUCGUGACAUCUGAACUUCCUCCUCCGCAAGAGAUGUCUGCUUCUGACAAAUCCAAGCCAGUGGAGGUGAACCAUAGCGAAGAGCCGUCCAGUCCAUUUCAGCGAAGCCCAACGUCCUCCAAGCCUCGCUUCUACAUUCCAGAUGAAGACAGCUGUCCGGUCAGAACUUCUCCACGGAUGCCAAUGGGCACCAAGAGGGAGAAGAAGGAAUCAGUGCUGGUCAUCAUCAGCAUGCAGAAGGAGAACCCAGUAGACCAAACCAGCAUGGAAGCUCUUCAAAUACUGGAAAAGGAAGCUGAGGAGAUGCCAACUGGUGCCCACCAGGAAACACUCUCAGAAGACAGAUGGAAUGGAGUGCCCUAUUUAGAUCAUCCAAACCUGAGCCCAGAACCUCAAACCAAUCAUGGCCUUGUCACUUUGUCUUCGACCACUUCCAAACCCCUCCAGUUGGAACAGAGAGGGGCAGUGUCGGUACAGGAAGUGACAUCAGAGCCUAGAAAGGAAGUUCAAGCUCAGAAGACGGUGAUUCAGAGCAUCAGUAUCAGUAUGAAGGAGAAAACCACGAAUCUGGCCUUCUCUCCCAAACGCAGCCGACUCACCUUCUCCAAGUCAGAUAAAGAUCUUGUGAAUCAGGAACGUUCUCUGGCUCUCCAAAGAGAAGCAGGAUUCAGAUCGUUAAAGAAUAGAGAGGUGACCAGAGUGGGUCGUAAAAAGAAAGCUCGUAUGGCAGGGACACGCUCUGAUUUCCUGACCCGUGCCUGUAGCACUGAGGUCGACUCAGACGAUGAAGAUGAUAACGAAUUUGAGUAUACGCCUGUACUCUCUCGCACACUACCCUUCCAAGAAUCCCUUGAUUCCCCUGACCCGGCCUGCCACAGUGACUCCGAGAUGUCUCAGUCGUCUCAGAAGGAGCAGAAGAGGAUCCAGAAGACCAUGUCCUCAGGAGAUCUGGGGAAGAUGGACUCGCUCAGGAAGUCUUUGUCCCACACAGACAGCAGGGUCAGGGGCAAAAUGCGGUUCUGGAGCAAAAACAAGCAUGGAGAUAAGAAGAUGUCCACCAGGGGGCGCUCUGCUGACCCUGAGCUCACAGACAGCAGACAUGGAUCUCCUCCAGGCAGCCCUCAGCAUACUGGACUCUCUGAGCACGGACGGGACAGUAAAGAGAACCGCGAGCCAAUGAUGGGCUUGAUGUCGAUGAACAGGAGACGCAGUGUGAAAAUCAGCAGUGUUUCUCUAGAAUCUUCUGUGUGCCAGAACGAUUCGCUCCACAUUCUCUCCAGCACGUCCGACUACCGCAGCAUGAACGACUUCCUCAUGAAGAAGAUCAAUGAUCUGGAUGCUGAGGAUGGACAGAAGGACACACCGGUGGACGUGGUGUUUAAGAAAGCCUUGAAAGAAUUUCGCCUCAAUAUCUUCAACUCUUAUUCAACUGCACUCGCCAUGGACGAUGGCAGAAGUAUUCGUUAUAAAGAUCUCUACGCUCUGUUCGAGCACAUUCUAGAAAAGAGCAUGCGUCUGGAGCAGAGAGAUUGGAGCGAGUCGCCAGUUAAAGUCUGGGUCAACACGUUUAAAGUCUUCCUCGAUGAGUUCAUGACUGAAUACAAGCCCAUGGAUGUAACCAUCAGUAAGGCUCCCAAACCUGAGAGGAAGAAGAGACGGAAAAAGGAAUCAGACACUGUUGAGGAGCACAUGGGUCACAUCUUUAAAUCCACUCAGUACAGCAUCCCGACAUACUGCGAGUUCUGUUCAUCACUCAUCUGGAUGAUGGACAAAGCGUGCGUCUGCAAACUCUGUCGUUACGCGUGUCACAGGAAGUGCUGCCUGAGGAUCACCACUAAAUGCAGUAAAAAGUUUGACCCCGAGCUGUCUUCACGGCAGUUCGGCGUAGAGUUAUCUCGUUUAACGAGUGAUGAGCGAGCCGUGCCAUUGGUGGUGGAGAAACUGAUUAACUACAUCGAGAUGCAUGGACUCUACACCGAGGGAAUCUACAGGAAGUCUGGAUCCACCAAUAAAAUCAAAGAACUCAAACUGGGACUGGACACAGAUGUGAGCAGCGUGAAUUUAGACGACUACAACAUCCACGUCAUAGCGAGCGUUCUCAAACAGUGGCUGCGUGAUCUCCCGAACCCCCUCAUGACCUUUGAACUGUACGAGGAGUUCCUCAGGGCUAUGGGUCUACAGGAUAACCGUGAGGUGGUCCAGGGUGUUUAUUCAGUUAUUGAUCAGCUCAGCAGAACUCAUCUGUGUACACUAGAGAGAAUCAUAUUUCACCUGGUCAGGAUCUCGUUCCAGGAGGAGACCAACCGCAUGUCUGCGAACGCACUGGCUAUCGUGUUUGCACCCUGCAUACUGCGCUGUCCCGACACCACUGACCCAUUACAGAGCGUCCGGGACAUCGGCAAGACCACUGCUUGUGUGGAGCUGAUUAUCUGUGAGCAGAUGAGGAAAUAUAAAGCUCGUCUGAAGGACAUCAACACACUGGAGUUUGCCGAGAGUAAAGCCAAGAGUCGACUCACACACAUCCGACGCUCGAUGAAACCGGUACUAAUCGCGGUUAGGUUUAUUGGCAUUACAAGAACUGCCACGCCGGGUAAGGGGCGUUUACGCAAGAGUGGUCGCCACACCCCCUCCCCGCCCAUGAGCCCGCGGAUGGCAGAGAGGGAGCAGCCAGGUGAUGAGGGGUCAGAGCCUGGGCUGAGUGAACAGCAGCAAGCAGCCAUGCAGCAGGAAGAAAGAGUUCUGACAGAGCAGAUAGAAAACCUGCAGAAAGAGAAGGAAGAGCUUACCUAUGAGAUGCUGGCUUUGGAGCCCAGAGCAUCCGAUGAUGAAAUGCUGGAGUCGGAAGCAUCUAUCGGAACAGCAGACAGCUCGGAAAACCUCAUGGGAGUAGAAGGCACGGUAUCCGAUCAGUGGGAAAAAAGUCCCGGCGCGGUAUCGUCUACACGUUGGCGGAAACCCGAGUCCAAAAGCAGGCGAGGUUUACGGCGACAGCCUGAAUCUCUAGACUCGGCCGUGGCGUCACUCUCCUCCGUGACGUCCACUCCUCACUAUCGGUUCCGUUCAUCCUCGUCCAGUCCUCUCUUUUCCUCGGACUCUCCCGGAGGGGACCUGCACAUUCUUCCCGACCAGGAGGACACAGAACCGGACACUCAGACCACCCGACGUGCCUCCAGCUCGGAGAAAACCCGUCCGCGGCCCAGAGGAAACCGCAGCUGCCCACCAAAGUCCCUCGAGCCAGGCGAAGCCGGCGGCCGCCGGAGAGAGCAUGAAUUUGGUUCCGCUCAGCCAUUAGUGCUAUACGGAAGUAAUGAAUUUAUGGUUUGAUGAUGAGUGUGCCCCCUAGUGGCUGAAGCUGGUAGUGUGUGGUACUUUCAAGGUGGAAAGACGCCAAGAAACGUCAGAAUACCGUUUGGAAAAGCGGAACAGAAAGACCGACGGCUUGGAAAUCCGCCUCGACAGCCUUUAACUAGACAGAGAUGCAUGCCCUUCCAGCGAGCGAAAGAAUUUAAGGGCUGAAAAAUAAAUAAUAAAACGGGAAAGAGAAAUGCUGGGUGUUACCGUGAACACCCUGAUAUCCACGACCUACUGACUGUAAAAUGGACCUGCUGGACUGGUCCGUUUUUUUGCAACAAAUUCUAAGGAUAGUUUAGAACAGGGAAUGAACCGUUUUUAACAUGUAACGUCCACUUUCAUGUUUACAGAACUGAGCCAAUGAGAGGUCAUGCGACUUCACUGACUGCAUGCCGUAUUGCUACCUUUUUGUUUUCACUCUGUUAUUAGGAAAACCUUUGAUAAAGUGCUAAAUAUGUAAAAUAUGAUUAUAUUAUUGAUAAAGGUCAAAAGAAUCAUAUAAAUAGCUGAAAUCUCUGUGCUGCUGUUUGACCUAUGUGAAUAUAAUGUAUAUUGAAAAGUGUGAAUCUGGCGUCUCCAGAGCUGUCUGUAUGUUUUUGUGGGGUUUUUUUAUAUGGGUGAAUCUCAUCAUAUCUAGGUCACAUCUCAGCUUGAAGUCAAUAGAAAAAAAUAUGAAAUUACAUGUAGUUAGAAAUGCACCAAAAUUUCAGCAGGACAAAAAUGGCAUAAAACAGAAAUUGUUACUUUGAAAUCCAGCAACAGAAACACUCACAUGGAGAUAAAGCAUGUUGCACAUUAAAGUCCACUUUAAAUUGACUAGUAAUGUAUUAUAAUGUAAUAUCCAACCAGAAUAAAAGAGAUCCAGGUACACGUACAAUGUAAAAAUGUGCUUCAUGUUCACUGAAGAUUUUCACUGGAAUUACUGUUCUAUCAGGAAGACUUGCAGAUUUGAGUGAAAUUCAAGAUGACAUUUAUUUGAUGAAUAUAACACAGAAAUGUCUCUCUUUGGCGUAAGCCCCGUCUGACGGUCCGAAGUUGUUGUACUCGGAACCGUCAUAUCCUGCCGGAGAUAGGAGGCAGGGGUGAGGAGUCUACCCCCGUGCAGGACGGGACUCAACAGGUGGUGGUGGGGUGGUGGAGGUUGCCGUGUUAGCACACUGAAAUGGCAAUUUGACAGAUUGUGAGCAGACUUAUAAAGCAGUGGCUUACAUGUGAUUGGCUAAGAGUUACCUAGCUAAUGGUGUGAUGAUGUACAGCUGCUAGUCUUCCCGCUAGAACUACGCUGCGCUUACAUUUAAUUUUGCUGCUGCAGCAGAGUAGUUAACAAUAAAGGUUUUCUUAACAGGCUACACAUUAUAUUUUUGCAAUUAUUUUCUGUCCACUGUAUUUUACAAGUUAUAGAAAGAGUGGUUUUGGUUCGUCGCUUAUAUUAACUUUUAGAAUGUAAUUAUUCCAAACAAAGUCUAAUUUAAAUAAUUUUAAAUUAAAAUAAUUUUCAUUUCGGUGCAUCACUAUAUGUACACUGAGAACCCUAAUAAGUUCAUUGCACUCCUUUGAUUGAGUAAACUCGUUCCCUUAUUUCCAUUGAGUAAUGGGGUCUCAGUUAACUUGGUUUUCAAGUAGAGUGAACUUAGCUAUUUAAGUUGAGUUAGCUACAUGGAAGUAGACUUAACUCAGAUUUGAAUUGAAAUAUUGUUUCUACUGUUGUACAUUUUAAUUGAAUUGAUUCAAUUUUAGAUCAAACAACAGCACAGCUCAAAUAAAGAAGAUAACUGAUUCUAGGUCAGUUAUUAAGUCAUUCUUUACAGAAAUGCAUAUAUGCACUUCAGCUUCACAUGCACAAAGAGAACUGAGAUAGUGUGACCAGGGUCCAACUUGACCAAAGAGACACAGAUCGCCCUAAUGGUGACAUCACACCAAACAACUAUUACAGCAAAGCAUAAAUAAUACAACAAAAGAGCUCAAACAUCUAUGAAUUCAUAAUAACAAUUAUUUAAAUUCCCCUAACCAAGGAAACAUAAUUCAAGCAGCAAGGGAUUGUGGGUAUUCCCCGUAGCCUCAGUUUUGUACUCGGUAGUUUGAGUUAUUAACACUUCAAAUCUCAAGUCUAUGGAUACCCCAAUUUGGAAUGCCCAAUUCCCAAUGCGCUCUAAGUCCUUGUGGUGGCGUAGUGACUUGCCUCAAUCCGGGUGGUGGAGGACGAAUCUCAGUUGCCUCCGCGUAUGAGACCGUCAAUCCGCGCAUCUUAUCACGUGGUUUGUUGAGCGCGUUACCGUGGAGACAUAGCGCGUGUGGAGGCUUCACGCUAUUCUCCACGCCCCACUGAGAGUGAGAACCACAUUAUAGCGACCACGAGGUUACCCCAUGUGACUCUACCCUCCCUAGCAACCGGGCCAAUUUGGUUGCUUAGGAGACCUGGCUGGAGUCACUCAGCACGCCCUGGAUUCAAACUAGCAUACUAGCGAACUAGCGAACUCCAGGGGUGGUAACCAGCGUCUUUUACCACUGAGCUACCCAGGCCCCAAGGCUAUGGAUUUUUAAGAAAAAUAAGUUCAGUGAACUUAAAUAUAUAUAUUUUUAAUUAUUUAUUUAUUUUUGGCCAUUUUUUUUAUGUGAUUCUCAUUACUGUAGGACUUUAUUACAGUUAAAAAAAAAAAAAUACAAUCUUUUGAUUUUGGAGUGAAAUAUGACCUGGACUUUCGUGAGAGUCACGCAUAUGUUUUUGCUGUUUUUUUGUUUCCAGAAACACUUUUUUCUCUGCAAAAGAAAUGCAAAAGGGACGAAUAGUUUGACAGAUGCAUAACCUUUUUCAAUUCUUCACUACUUUAAUUCUGCCUUUUUUUUUUGUCCCAAUCAGUGUUACGUGAACGUGCAACUAAAUCAGGACUUGAAAUAUAUUUUGAUGUCAUGACCAUUUUUUUAUGUAAAUUGCUUUUUUUUUCUUUUCUUUUAGUAUAUUGUGUUUUAUAUAUGCUUAUAUUUUAUUGUGAUUUCAAGUGUAAAUAUAUAUAUUUAACUGUAUUAUUCCACUGUGCCAUUUGGAGUCACGAACAAAGAAAAAAAAAAAGAUUACUACUAAAUUAAAAGAAAAUGAUCUAUCUCAAACAUUUAUAUACAGGGUUCCCUGCUUUGGAUUUUUAACCUUUACACGCGUACAGUCAUUAGAGAAGAAUAAUGGUUAACAAUGCACAUUUAAGCUAUAACAAGGCCAAUUCAUAGAAAACAAGCAUAUAUAACAUAAAGAAAACUCAAUAUUAAUUAUAAUGAAUUGCUAUGUAUGUCCAGGGAAUGUGUCUCCAGAAGCAGUUUACACUUUUUGAUGUACUGUUACGGACAUCAAUGUCAUGUUGUUUAUCAGUCACAGCUUAUUGAAAGAUACCAUCACCAUGGUGCAAUAUAACGAGACAUUAAGCUACGUUUAUUAUAUUUGGGUACUAUCCUAACCAUAACUCUGCUACUGCUCAAAAACAGGAGGUAAGAAUGAAACAGUAGUUUGUUGCAUCCUGCAUUCGUGAAUGUAAUCACUGUAGCAUGCCAUGCUAUUGUUAAAGUAUUUCUUUUACAGCCAUUGUAUUUAAGGUCAUGUUUAAGGCCAGAAACAUACAUUACACAAGUACGCAAAUGCUUGGCUAGCACGCAGUUCUGUUGUUCAUACUUAAUGUGCAUUCUUGCAUUACUGUGGCUGUAACAAACUUAAAUACUCGAGGGAGAUAGAGCCUGCUAUACCCUUCCUUACCUUUACAUUUAUUUAAAAAAAGCACAAAUGUGUGUUCCAGUGAGGCACUUACAAUGGAAGUCAGUGGGGUCAAUCUGAACGAAAAUUAAAUGAAAUCAAAAUGACGAUUUAAACAGCUUUACAGCUCAAAUAAUACAUGCAUUUUAACAAUUAAUGUACAGUGCUGUGAAAAAGUAUUUGCCCCCUUCCUGAUUUCUUCUAUUUUUGUGCAUUCUUCAAACGAGAUAUAACAUAAAACAGUGGCAACUUGAGUAAACACAAAAUACAGUUUUCAAAUAUAUAUAUAUAUAAAUUUUUUAUUUAUUUUUUUAUUGAAGCAAAAAAGUUAUCCAACACCUAUAUCACCCAUGUGAAAAACUAACUGCCCCCUUAAACUUAAUAGCUGGUUGUGCCACCUUUAGCAGCAACAACUGCAACCAAAAGCUUCCGAUAACUGGACAUCCGUCUUUCACAACACUGUGGGGGAAUUUUGGCCCACUCUUCUUUGCAGAACUGCUUUAGUUCAGCCACAUUGGAGGGUUUUCGAGCAUGAACUGCCCGUUUAAGGUCCUGCCACAGCAUCUCAAUCAGGUUCACUUCAGGACAUUGACUAGGCCACUCCAAAACUUUAAUUUAGCUUCUUUUGAGCCAUUCAGAGGUGGACUUACUCCUAUGCUUUGGAUCAUUGUCUUGCUGCAUAAUCCAGUUGCGCUUGAGCUUCAACUCACGAACUGUUGACCGGACGUUCCUUGGAUGUUGUCCUUGGCUUUUUUGCUUGGCUGACUUCCUGGAUGAGUCGUCGCUGUGCUCUUGGAGGAAGUUUGGAAGGUUGGCCACUUCUGGGAGGGUUCACUACUGUGCCACGUUUUCUCCAUUUGGAGAUAAUGGCUCUCACUGUGGUUCUUUGGAGUCCCAGAGUCUUUGAAAUAGCUUUGUAACCCUUCCCAGAUUGAUGUAUUUCAAUCACCUUCUUCCUCAUCAUUUAUGGAGUUUCUUUCGACCUUGGCAUAGUGUGCUACAGGGCGAGACCUCUUAGCCAACUUCACACUGCUGAAAAAGUUCUCAAAAGUGUUGAUUUUGUUGAACAGGGCUGGCAGUAAUCAGGUCUGAGUGUGUCUAGUCCAGCUGAACCCCAUUAUGAAUGCAGUUUCAUAGAUUUGGGGAUUUAGUGACUAUAUCCUUUUUCACACAGGCCCAGUUGGUAUUGGAUAACUUUUUUUGCUUCAAUAAAUAACAUUUGUUUUAUGUUAGAUUUAGUUUGAAUUUUUGUAACAAUUUACUUUGAGAUAUACACAAAAACAAAAGAAAUCUAUAGCACUAUAAGUGCUUUUAUAAAAUUAUAAGCGUCACAUUUCUGCCUUUAAACCCUCCAAAAAUGGACCCCAUUGACUUCCAUUGUAAGUGUCUUACUGAACACAGAUUUGUGCUUUUUUAAAGAAAAGGAGGAACGAUUGAAAACAAUGUUUUUUUGUUUUUUUUUGUUUUUUUUGUGGUAAUCAUUUUUAUGACACAUGCUGUCGAUUGAGCUCAACUUGUAUUGAACUUGCCUUAUAAUGCAAGGACGCAUGAAAUUGGAUCUUGCGUUGCUAGAAGCGCUUGCGUUCUCGUACUUGCGCACAGGAUGUUUCGUGUCUAAGAGUGGAUGUUUAAAAAAGGACAUUUUAAAAGUUGAAUGAUACUGCUCUGUUUUGAUGGACUGAGAUGGUCUGUAAAAACAAAUUUGUGGUUUUGCAUUUUCUGUGUGUUUGCGCUCAGUUGUAAACGGUGCAAUUUGUGUAUUUUUAUUUAUUUGUUUUUGGUGAAAAUCAAUGUGUAAGGAUGUAAAAUGCAAAAUAAGUAUAACCAUUGUAUUAUUAAAAGAUUCAUAAAAGAAAA